UUUCAUGACGCAGGCCCUCGGGUCUGCAGAACGUCUGGACCACGUCUAGUGUUCACAUCGGGAGCACGGAAAAAUCCGCAUUUCUUCCGAUUUUGGCUCAAACUCUCCAGUUUUGUCAGAUUUUCGGACUAGGGGGACGUUAUUUCGUACAUAUUUGCCACCAAUCCUCGGUGAAUGUCGUUCAUUUAGAAGAUUUCGGGCGUUGUUUGGGCUCUAGUCCGGGCCCUCCUCCUAGGCUUGUUUGCUUUCUUGUCCAUACUUUUGGAUAUUCAAUAUUCAGGAUAUGCUAAUUAGCAAGUAGGGCGCGAGUUUCAAAUUUGGCAGACUUGCGGGGAAUGUACCAUGGCUGCCACGGAAAGUAUCGUGGCAAGUCAAGAGGUGAAUGUUUCAAUGGACAUUUUGGAUGGCAAGCAAACUCUCCUUGAAGUAGUGGAAGAGGUUGAAGGGCAGUCGCAGGAACUAGCCAAUCACGGUAGAGAUGGCUUAUCUACACCAGAGGCAAGAGGAGAUGGGCAAAGUUUUCUGCCCAAUCAGGAGAGAGAUGGCAAGAAUGGCGCAACCAGCCAAGUACGGCCAGCGAAUCAUCACGCGGACAGAAACCAGCCCUUGGGCAGAGGACACUUCAAACGUCGACAUGCCAGCUCGUCCCACUUCAAACGCGGGGGGCCUCACCACUUGAAGUGGAGACGAAAAACGGUGGAAACAGAGCCGAUCGUGCUACCUAGUGACUUCUUGCUGGGUGGGAACAUCACCGAUCCACUCAACCUCAACAGCAUGCAGGAUGAAGAAGUGAACCGGAUGCUGAAUGCUAAAACACCGACGUCUUCUCCCCUCCCAAACCGUACCGUAGUAGGCGACGUGGGCCUCAUAAUUCCAGGUGAUGUCACGGACCCCUUGCAUCUGAAUCAGACUCCAAGAAGCGGAAAAAAGAGGAGGCACAAGCGCAGGCGGAGAAGAAGCGAGGGGGAUUUGGACGACUCGGAACAUUACAUCGACGAGGAAGCAACGGAAGGGAUCACGACAGGGUGUAAACCUCUUGUCAUGGACUCAAAGGAAUCUUUCUCUAAAGAAGGCUGUCCGGAGCAUAUUCCAGAAGGAAAGGACAAGGAAAAGGAAAGAGUCUCACCAAAGGACAAAGUGUCACCCGUCUCGUUUUCCCACGGUCACAAGCGGACGCGACACAACAGCGGAAGAACAGAUGAUGGACAGGUUACACCAGUCUCCGAUACAAAUCACACUCCAAAACGUAGGUCCAAAAGUGGGGAGAAGGAAAUGAUUCCGAUGGAGGAAAUUGUCUCUCCGGUCAUAUCUCCAGACCACGAGAAAAGAAGAGGCGUCGAGCCAACGAGGAUCGUGUCCCGUGCCCUACUCAUUGAAAACCAUCCGUCGACAAAAGAGCACCGUUCGCACCGGCGCACUCCUGACAAGGGCAGAGGCAACCAUGUCGGUAGUCAGCACAAGAAACAACCGGAACAGGGGGCGCCAUCGGCCCCACACUUUCGCCCCAAAGACCAGGUUUUCCAAUAUGGCAACUACGACCGUUACUAUGGUUACCGCAACCCCGCUAAGGAGGAAGAUGUCCGCCUGAGUUAUUUCAGACCAGAUUGGUUCAAGAACUUGGAUGUUCUGGACAUUGGGUGCAACGCUGGACACCUAACGCUUAGCAUAGCGAGAGACUAUGCUCCGAGGAAGAUAGUAGGAAUGGACAUAGACCAGAAUCUCAUCCGCGUGGCACGGCGCAACAUUAGACACUACCUUGCUCCCGAGGCGCGGGAUUCCUUCCCGGUUUCCAUGGCGAUACAGUAUGGUCCAAUGGCAGCGGGGGGGCUUGUUGGAGAUCAAGUGGCAACACAAUUUCCGAACAAUGUGUUUUUCACUCAGGCCAACUACGUCCCCGACAGUGACUCGCGCGUACAGUCGCAGCAGCCGGAGUAUGACGUGAUACUGGCCCUCAGCCUCACAAAGUGGAUCCACCUGAACUGGGGCGAUGCCGCCAUGAAGCGCACCUUCCAGCGAGUCUUCCGCCAGCUCCGCCCGGGAGGGCGCUUCAUCGUGGAACCCCAGCCGUGGAAGUCGUACGGACGCAAGAAGAAACUGACGGAACGGAUCUUCACCAACUACAAGCAGAUCCAGUUCCGCCCCCACCAGUUUGUGGCCUACCUCCUGUCAGCAGAGGUCGGCUUCAGCAGCUGCAGACAGCUGGAGGGGCCACGCAACAAGUCUAAAGGUUUCCACCGACCAGUCUACAUGUUGACCAAGUCUCCGGCUGCUCCCCCAUGAGAACAUGAGCAGUACUGCAGACUGCGCUGCCACUGAUCCAAUUCAAAACAGCUUAAGAUUCAAAAUCACAAUAGUCACCUUCGAAGUCUAAGUUUUUCCUUCUUCUUUUCUUGUCUUACUUGAAGCCUUGUAGAUAUUGAAGAAAAACAAAGAAUAUUGCAAGCAAAAUACAGUUUGUCAGUUGAGUAAUGAGAAUUAUGUUUUCUUGUUUUUUUGAACAAUAGGAUUUUGCUAGACACCGACCUCCAUUACAAGAUUCAUCAGUUUAUGACAUAGAUUGAUAGAAUGUUAUCAUUUCUGUGUCAUCUUUAUCUCAAUGAAAUGUUAUUGGGGAAGAAACAUCCAUGUACAAUUAACUGUGCAAGAACUUGAAUGAUAAAAGGUAGUAAAAAAAGGAAAUUCUUCAUCUUGUCUAAGGAUAGACCAAUUUCAUUACUCCUCCCACCAAGGUGUAUCUGUUCUCUUAUUGGUUGAGAUAGUUUUGAUUGACAGGCCAAAUUUCAGAGUCAAAGGUCUCUCUCUAUAUAUAUAUACAUGCACAUGUAUAUGUGAUGAUUGAAUGAAUCAUUCUGUAAAAGUUGCAACCUUUAUCAAAAGUCUUGAAUCUUAAUGAACUUCCAGUUAGAAAUUAAAAUGUCUACCAAUUAUGUAGCUUAUGUUUUUGUUUUAAGUCCUUGUGACCAGUGAGCAUCAAACUUCAAUACAGCAACUUAGCUAUAUGUGUAUAGUAAAGAAUGAAGUUCUACAUUGCCUAAAUUACCAGAGAUUAAUGAAAAAAUAUAUAAGAAUGUCUGCUUACCCCUUUAAAUCAAGGACAAUGGAAAUGUUUUUUUAUGUUAUGUCUAUUCAAAAUUCAGAAAGGAAACAAAAAAGUUUAUUUUUAUGGCAGCUAUGGAUCAGAAAGUGAAGUUUUAUUUCUGUUUCUGGAGAAAGAAAAAGAUAUUUUUGUAGGCAAUGAGAAAACAUUGAGAGAAAAAAAUGACUGGUAAGAUAGGCAUUGUACCUUGUACUGCUGUGAAGUAUUGUUUUUGCAUCAAUGGUACAGUUUAACUUUGAGUGCAAAGUUUUCAUGGAGGCGUGGAAAUAAUUGAAACAUGCACUUUUCAGAAACCAAUGAAGUAAAAAUCUAGUAUCUUCCAAUUGAUUGGAUUUUUAGGAUUUCUCCAAAAAAAAAUAACUGCCAAUGGUUCAAAAUUGAAUGGCUUCUAAGAUGUUAAAAUACUGUUGCUAGGAAGAAAUUUGAAGUCAUUCCAUGUUACUAAAGUUGUAUAGUUUUUACUCCAAUUCAGUGUCAAACCCGUAACAGUAUCACAGAAAAGUCCAGCAGUCUGUUAACUUCGUGAUGUAAGGAUAUGUGGGUUGGUGGAAAAAGCAGUCCUGUCUAAUCAGGUUGAACUGCACAUUCUGCCGUCCUGACUUAUAAUUAAACCACUUUUUCCACCAACCCCGACAUAUUUGCCCUGGAGUAAUUGUGUGGGCUAAAUAAGAGGAUUAAGAUACUGCUGAAGGUACAAUUCAUGUACUGAUAUGAAAUGCUAUAAUUGAUUAUUGUCUCUGAUGAGUGACAGAUGACAGCAAUAUAAUUAGAAUGCUAUCCCAAUGUC